AAAGGAGCACCGAGAGCCAGGAAGGAGCACCGAGAGCCAGAAAGGAGCACCGAGAGCCAGAAAGGAGCACCGAGAGCCAGAAAGGAGCACCGAGAGCCAGAAAGGAGCACCGAGGAGCCAGAAAGGACCACCGAGAGCCAGAAAGGGCCACAGAGGAAACAGAAAGGAGCACCGAGAGCCAGAAAGGAGCACCGAGAGCCACCUCUGCUCCCGCCCCGCAUCCUGCGCUUCUCUCCGCUCUCAUCGCCCGACUGCAGCUCCCGAAGAACCAGAAAGGAGCACCGAGGAGACAGAAAGAACCACCGAGGGGCCAGCAAGGACCCCCGAGAGCCACCUCUGCUCCCAGCCCGGCCCCGCGCUUGCCCCGCUCCCUCCGGCGGCCGCCGCUGCUCCCGGCCCGCAUCCCUGCGGCUUCUCGGGGGUGAAGAUGAGUGCUGAAGAGAUUCUGGUGCGUGCAGUAGAACUUGGACAAAAUUUCUGCCUCUAUUUUGACGACGACGAUGAGCUGGAGUGUGAUGCCCUGUGCAAGGACAAGACCCUGCACCGAGUGCUGAGGAACGUGAACAGCCAGCUGCUGGUGGUGCGCCCCGACCUGAACGUGGCAGCCUUUGAGAAUGUGACAGACAGGGAGAUGCAGUCUGGCAAAGGGAUGCAUUUCAGCAUUCACUGCUACAAAACCACCACGCCCUUAGCUGGGUUGCCCGUGGCCUUCAGUGUGCAAGUGGAAAACAAGAAUUAUUACAUGUGUUGUGAGAGGGAAUGUGGAGAAAUGAUCGUUAGGUUCAAGGAGGGAGAAGUUCCCAAAGAAAUUCCUGGUGAAAGCAACAUCAUCUUUUUCCAAAAGACAUUUACAUCUUGCUCCUCCACAGCAUUUAAGUUUGAAUACUCAAUGGAACGAGGAAUGUUCUUGGCCUUUGAGGAAGAAGGCUACUUGAGAAAAUUAAUCCUUAAGAAACUGUCAAAAGAUGAAGUGGAUGAAACCAUGAAGAUGAGUUUAUGUACGUUCAGUCAGAAUAAAAAUCACAACCUAUGA